UUAAGUUGGUUAGAUGGUAUAUUGGUUAGUUAGUUGGUUUCUCAAUCAUUUUAGCUAACUAUAUAAUACUUGUUGUAACCAACUCAGAUUCUGAGAUUGAUAAUAAUAACUUGCAAUAUUCUUCUUCUUCUUCUUCUUCUUCUUCUUUCUAUAGCAUACAGUCCAAGCUUUCUUUGCAUUCAUUAAUGGCAGCCAUAAGAUUUUGCACACUUGAACUUGUAUGUUCACAUGGUAUCAUCGACCUGUGAUCCUCUUCUUUCCGCUGCAUCUCGAAGCGUUCAUGGCGAAUCUGUUAUUCACAACCACCCGAAAGGGUAUCAAACUGAUACUCUCAACCCAUAUUUCAUGCAUCCCAACGAGAAUCAUGCGUUGAUUCUUGUCACUCCUCUUUUUUCGAGCAACAACUAUCAUUCUUGGUCCCGUUCGAUGACAAUGGCGCUCUGGUCCAAAAACAAACUUCAUUUCAUCAAUGGUGUAUUACCUCGCCCAGCAGACCUUGAUUUCAAUUCAAUUGCUUGGGAUAGGUGCAACACUAUGAUCAUGUCAUGGAUCAAGAAUUCAAAUGAACCAGAGAUUGCUCAAAGCAUUCUUUGGAUGGAUAAUGCAGCUGACAUGUGGAAUGAGUUGAAGGAACGAUUCUACCAAGGAGAUGUAUUUCGUAUUUCUGAUCUACAAGAAGAAAUCUGUACUUUGAAGCAAGGUGAUUCCUCUAUUUCUUCUUACUACAUAAAGCUAAAAAUUUUAUGGCAAGAAUUAGACAAUUUUCAACGUAUCCCUACUUGUGAUUGUGAUCCUACUUGUCGUGCCAUCACUAAGAUUCGUACAUACAGAGAUAGUGAUCAAGUUAUACGUUUUUUAAAGGGAUUGAAUGAUCAAUAUGUUGCAAUUAGGUCUCAAAUUAUGCUAAUGGAUCCUUUACCAAAUAUAUGCAAAGUCUACUAUUUGCUUGUUCAACAAGAAAGAUAAACUCACAUUCCACUUGAUGAAUCGUGCUAACCAUUCCCAAUCUCAAUCGAGAUUCUCAAUCAAGAGGUAACCGUGUUGGUGGAAGAUCCAUUGGUGGCAGAGGUAGCUCCAGAGGUGGCAGAUUUGUUGGUGGUAAAGGUAUAGGCAAUCGGGUAUGCACACAUUAAUGUGGCAUGAAAAAUCAUACCAUUGACACUUAUUUCAAAAAGCAUGAUUACCCUCCUAAUUGGAUGUCAGAUGGUACAGUAAACAAUUAUACUACAUCUAAAGACAAGUCAGAGGUGCUACCAAGAGGUGAGUCUGAAGCUAAUGCACAUGUAUCUUCUGGAUUGGCUUUUACUCCAGAGCAGCACAAUUAUUAGCCUUACUCCAAGAUGCUUCACAAUUACAGUAUCAUAGUAUUAACCAUCUCACGUCUCAAAACCCUUCUAGUUCAGGUAUCAUUUGCACUCUUACUAGCUCUUUUCAUCCUGAAACCUUUAUCCUAGACACGGGUGCCACUGACCAUGUUUGUUUCACUCAAAGCUACUUCCAUUGCAUCAAACAAGUUAAACCUAUUACCAUCAAACUACCUAAUGGCAGCCUUGUAACAACUAAUCUUGCAGGCACCGUUAAAUUUACUGAGUCAUUCUAUCUUACAGAUUUCUUGUAUAUGCCUAAUUUUUCUUUUAAUCUAAUUUCUUUCCCCAAGUUAACUAAAGGCCUUAAUUAUCAACUCCAAUUUAUUGAUGUUGAUUGUGUUAUACAGGACUUGUCUUCCAAGAAGAUGAUUGGCAAAGCUGAAUUGAAUGGUGGAUUGUAUCUUCUCAAGACUCCCUCAGUUUCCUUGUUUCCCAAUCCACCUAGACACCUUGUUAAUUCAACAACUCUUAAGCUUGUUAAUGUUCCUUCCAAUUGUAGCCUAUGGCAUCUUAGACUUGGACAUACUUCACAUGCCAAGCUUAUUGAACUAUAUGCUAUAGAAAGAAGAAGAAGAAGAAUAUUGUAAGUUAUUAUCAUCAAUCUCAGAAUCUGAGUUGGUUACAACAAGUAUUAUAUAGUUAGCUAAAAUGAUUGAGAAACCAACUAACUAACCAAUAUAACAUCUAACCAACUUAACUAACUAUAUAAAGUUAGUUAUGAAACUUAUUACACCUGGCUUUCUCCUUUAUCAUUUACAAGACUCAGCAUAGGCACGCUAAGUACGUGAUUGUAUGGACAGGUGACACAAUUAGUUGUAACUACUUCAUGGUGAAACAGGAGUUGUAAUGAUGAAAUCUACCCUCAACAAGCUUUAUUAUUAUUUUUAAUCAAGAAAUAUAUAUAACAUCAAAAAACAAGUCAAGUACAUGGUGAAUUGGUGAUCAAAAGAUCCAACCCUUUAGAACGACUAAAAGACAAGGCACUAUAUAACAUCAAUUUUGCUAUGUGUUUUGUAAGCCUCUUUGACCCCCAAGCUCUAUACAGAAAUUUUCUCUAAAAUUCUAUCUCUAGUAUCAGUAUUAUUCUGUUUAUUCUUUCAAAACACAACGUUGUUUCAAUAGCUCCAAACUUCAUAGACAGUUUCUGUGAGGGCAAGCUUCAGCAUAUCAGUCCUCCACCCUUUAUGUUGUAUUCGCUCCAAUGCCCAUCUAAAUUCCUUUUUCCAGUGCUUUAGAUCAUGUGGCAUUUCCACCCAAUCCAGGACCUAUUUCCAGAUUCAUUGAGACACCAUGCAAUUAAAAAACAAGUGAUAUAACGUUUCAUCGUCCGUUUUGCAGAGGCUACACAGUCUCUCAUGAAUCAUCCCAAACCUCACCAGUUUGUCUUUAGUAUUAAGCUCGCAGUGACAAGCAAGCCAUCUAAUAUGGAUAGCUCUUGGUUUGGCUUUAUUACCCUUAAUCAAAUAUCCAUUGAACUAUAUGCUCAUCAUCAAUUAUAGCUUCAUAUAGAAACUUCCUUCAGAACCUUUGGCUAUCAAGUAAUUGCCUCCAAACAUUUGGAACAGCUCUGAGUGUCUCCCUCAAGUUCAUAACUCUCCUAGUAACCUAAGAGCUGGUUGUACCUAGAAUGAAGUCCAUAGCAUCCUUGCCUUUUAAAUAGUGCACAUGCACCCAUUUGGCCCACAAAUUGUCAGAUUUCCUGCAAAGAUUCCAAAGGCACUUUAACAUGGUUACCUUAUUCCAAACUUCCAAAUUAAAGAUGUUGAGGCCUCCAUGUUUUUUUGGGUUGCAAACAGUAUGCCAGGCCACAUGGCUUUUCCUACUUUUAUCAGCUUUUCCAUUCCAAAUGAAUGUUCUACAAAGGGCAUUGAUCUUCUUUACAACACUCUGUGGAAGGGGCAAACUCUGCAUCCAAUAUUGAGUAAUGACAUAUGUUGUACUUUUCACCCGUAAGAUUCUUCCAACAAAAAUUGAGCAGCUUGGAUGUCGAGUGCUUGAUUAUUGCCAUGAUUCGAUCUAUAAGAGGCACAUAAUGGUUAACAUUAAGUUUCUUGUUGGUUAAGGGUACCCCCAAGUAUCUAACGGGAAUAUGAUCUUCAUCAAAGGUGGUUAUCUCCUGCAUCUUAAGUUUAGUAUCCAUGUCAAUGCCACCAAAGAAAAUCUUGCACUUACUCGGGUUAGCAACUAGGCCAGCAGUCUGAGAUAAAUUCUUCACAGUAUUGAGCAUCAUCUCUAAUAAAACCACAUCACCUAUGCAGCAGAGAAGUACAUCAUUAGCAAAUGUUAGGUUGGUAAUCCCCAAUAGCUCACACUUUGGAUGAUGGUUUAAAUUAGGGUCCAUUUGCAUUUUAUCAAGCAAUCUAUGCAAGUACUUCAUCAUCACCACAAAUAGCAAGGGGAUAUUGGAUCCCCUUGUCUAAUACCUCUUUGAGCCCACAUAACCUUAGAUUGAUCACCAUUUAUGUUAAAAGAAUAAAUAACAGAAGUUACCAUGAUCAUUAUCCACUGGAUGAAUCUGCUUAGCAUCCAAACUUCUCUUAGAAUUCCUUCCAUAUCUUGACAAUCCACCAUGUCAUAAGCCUUUUGCAGAUCAAGUUGUAUCAUGUAUCUUGGUGUCCCACCUUUCCUUGUAUAACAUUUGAGGAGCUCAUAUGCCAGCAUAAUAUGAUUGUGAAUAAUCCGUCCAGGUACAAAGGCAGCCUGAGAAAGGCUGAUAAUGCUUGGCAGAAUUUUCCCUAUCCUGACAGUUAGGAUCUUGGAUAUGAUUUUGUAAAAUGUAGUACAUCCUGCAAUAGGUCUAUAGUCCUUCACAUAUUUUGCAACAUCAGUCUUAGGAAUCAGUGUUACAACAAUUUAGUUAAAGACUAUAUAAUCUCCCCUAAUCAAAGAAUUUCAUGACAACACCAAUCUUGUCAUCCUUGAUAAUAUGCCAACAUGAUUUGAAGAAUUUAGCACUGUAUCCAUUAGCUCUUGGUGACUUCAGAUCUUCUAUGCCCUUUAAAGAGUCUUUUAUUUCCUUUACAGUGAUUGGGCUGAUAAAGAAAGCCCUUUACUCCAUGUUUAUCUACUUACCUCUUCUGAGGGCCUCAAUAUCUAUAUGGUGCAGGUUAUCACUUUUUCUCCCCAUUAGAUUUUCAUAAUAGUCAAGAACCUUUUUAGUUAUAUCCUCUUGAGAUGUCAUAACCAUUUCAUCCAAUUUCUGCAGCACCCCCAGGCUUUUAGCAUUGUGUCUUGUUUUAAGGUAGGCAUAGAAAAAAGUUGUGCUGCCAUCACCCUCCCUCAACCAAUCUAUUUUAGUUUUUUUCUUCAUAGACAUAACCUUUUCCUCCAUCUCAUUAUAGUAAAUCACCUCCUCAACUAGGUUCUUAUCCUUAUUGAUCAUAAGGGCAUAUGACAUAUGAUUCAUAAGCUUCUUGUAGGCUUGCUCCAAAUUGUGUCUAGCCUCUUCUUUCAUCUGAUGUGUAUCAGUGGCUACCUUGUUCAUUUUCAGUAGUACAGGCUUCAGUCUAUGCAGUUUGUGCCAUAAUAUAUGCAUGGGAGUACCCCUAGCAGGUUGACUCCAACUCUGCUCUACAAUGUCAUAAAAUCCUCUCAUGUCCACCCAACAAUUGUUAUAUUUGAAGUGCUUAUUGCAAUUUCUUGUACCUGUUACAAAUAAGAACAACACAACAUGGUCAGACACAUGGGGAUGGAGAAUAUUCAAGAUAGCUUCCUGGUAUUUUUGGAGCCAGACUACAUUAGCCAAAAUUCUAUCAAUCCUGGUAUAGAUAGGAUUCUCUGCCUAUUUAUUGAACCACGUACGUUAUCCAUUUCACUUAAAUCAGUCUGAUCCAUCAUGUCCUGCAUAGCUUCAUACUCAGAUUUAGUCACCAUUUUACCCCUAAAUAUAUCAUUUGCUGAUGCAAUAUUGUUGUAGUCCCCAAUGGCACACCACAGACCUUGCUGCCUACUAUGAAUCCCAAUCAAAUCCUGCCAUAUAAUUUUCCUCUUCUAAAGUUGGUUAUGUGCAUAAAUUGCAGUUAACCAAUAAUGGAAUUUCCUUGCCAAAUCAUAAACACCACAGUGGUUAAACUGGUCGGAGAUUUUAACAUGCCUCACAUAUACUUUUGUAUCAUCCCAAGCAAGCCAUAACCUCCCAUUAUCAUUAUGUGUGUAGUUAUCCAAAUAUUUACCAAUCUUUAACAGGUAAAAGACACAUAAAGAGGUGUUUGAUGAUAUCCCCAAAGACAAACUCAAAGAUGAGAGGGUUAGGAAAUAAUCAAGUUUGUGAUCUUGAUGCAAUGUAAAGAUGCAAAUGAGAUGGGAUCUUUGGGAUAAAAAUUAAGGUAUGACUAACAUGUUAUAUAAUGGGCUAUGUUACUAUUUUGUGAAGUGAACUUAUUAUGAUUUUAGAAUCGAGCCUAUUAUGUAAUGGUUUAUGUUACAUGCUUAAGAAAUGAACCUAUGAUGUUACCGUUUUGUGAAGUGAACUUGUUAUGAAAUGGGUUAUGACAUU